UUUCGAGUAGUGCAAUAAUCAUAAAAUUCGUUCUUUACUUCUGUGACAACGCAAAUGCUUGGAGCUCCUCAGAAUGGUGACCGCUAGUCUUUUGAGAAUCUCAGCCAUAGGUGGUUUAUCUCUGUUGACAGUGCUGUUGGCGAAGCUCUUACAUACCACUGUGCACUGGUGGCUACGCUGCCACCAGCUGAAGCGGCUCGUGCCAGAACCAGCCAAAUCCCACUGGCUGCGUGGCCAUCAGCCACCUGCCGGACCGCAUGCCAAAUCAACGUACAUUAGCUACACGCGAACGUGUCCGCGUAUGUUUUUCUACCUUGCAGGACCUGUUGCGGAAACUGUGUGUGUACAUCACCCUGAUGUGAUCAGUGAGGUGUUACAGCUGGAUCCACCGAAAAUUGAACUGUUUGGUAACCUGUUUCGUACAUGGCUUGGAGACGGCCUACUCUCACUCACGGGGAAACGAUAUGACAGAGCGCACAAGAUGAUUGCGACCGGAUUCAACCCAGAGAUGCGACGGCAGUAUGUUGGUGUGUUUAAGGAGGCGGCCAGUGUCAUGCUGGAUCUCUGGGAGGAGCAUGGAAUCGGACGCAGCAUAGAAAUGGGCGGAUACUUCAACAUGCUGACGUUCGACAUGGUACUGCGCUGCACUAUGGGUGCGGAGACAAAUUGUCAAACUCACACGGAUCCAGAUGUACCUGUACUCCGCUAUAGCAAUGCUCUACACGACAUCAUCACGCUAACAUUCCAACGCUUCACCCAACCAUGGUUGUAUCUGGACUUCGUGUUCCUGAACUCUCCUGCGGGUUGGCGCUUUAAGAAGCUCCUGACCCAGACACGCCCAUUUGCUGAGCAAUUGAUCAACGAACGCCGUGCUUUAAUGAAAGAGAAAUCUGAAAGCAACGGCAUAACGGCAGACUUUGACGAACAUCCACAUGACAUGCUAGAUAUCUUGUUGACGUCUACUGAUGAGCAAAGCAUGAAUCUGAGUAAUGCUGACAUCAUGGCUCAUGUGGAAACACUGCUUGCUGUCGGUCACCACACUACCUCCUAUACGCUACAUUGGGCAAUGCACUAUCUCAGCCAACAUCAGCACGUACAGGAGCGGUGUCGUCAAGAAGUGCACACAGUGCUGGAGGCAUGCGGUGGUAUCGAUGAGCUUGCAUCCCAGCACCUCACCAAACUAGUCUACCUCAACCAGACUCUCCUGGAAAUACUGAGAGUGACUGUUACAGGCGGAAAUCUGUCAAGGGAAUUCCCCAAUGGCUGUACGGUUGACGGCAUCACGUUCCCUGCUGGCACAAGAUUCCUUAUGAAUGUUCUUGGUCUUCACCACAACGAGCAGGUCUGGACCGACCCCGAGACAUUCGACCCGGAUCGCUUUGCCCCGGGAGCUCAACCCCGGUCACGCUUUGCAUUUCUACCAUUCGGAUAUGGCCGGCACAUGUGCAUAGGCAAGAGCUUCACAAUGGAUGAGAUGAAGGUGACCCUGAGUAUGAUUCUGGCCCGUUUUCGCCUCAUGCCCGACCCCGACGCCACAUUGCCCGUGUGGAAGGAGUCCAUUGUUGCUCAACCGGAUCCUGAUGUGCGAAUUCUGCUUGAAGCUGUGUAAGUGAAUAUGCCGACUGAGUUAAAUUCUAUAGAAAAGAAAAAAAUUCUGAUGACAUUAGGUCACCCAGAAUUAAUUCGUUGUUUCGGGUCACCCGACCGACCGUCUUUUUUCACCCGACCGCAAAAUGUUUUUUUUAUAGUGCAUGCAAAUGUACAUGACUGUACUAACACUUCCUCCCUGCCGCGAUUCGCACCAUAUCCCUACCUGCUGCAUUUCGCUCCGCUAUCUUCACGUGGCUAGAGCACCCUGUAAGAAGACCAUAGGUCUGUGGGACUGCCCUAGUAAAAUAUGAAUAAAUAAUAA